AUGGAGUACCAGGAGGACUAUGUCGACGUAAAGCGUCCACGCGACGGGGACGACUUAUACCAUCCAAAGCAGUACUCCUCAGAUCAAGCCCAGUCAUCCAACUAUCAACAAAUCUCACCAGACACUACAAGCUCUGUUCUUUCCACCGCUCCCUUAUCACAAAUCAAAUCCAGUACCAGUGCAGACCGGAGGAUGUCGGUCGGGAUGGGUCAACCGGGAGGAUACACCGGCAUGGCCCAGGUGGCUCAGAGCCAAGGACCCAGAGGGGACGAAGCCGUGCCAGUCGGGUUCGAUGAGGCUGUUUUGCGCGGUCUCUGUGAUAUGGAUUGCUCCUUGUCACUGUUGGCCGACAGAAUCAAGCAGGGAAUAGUGUCGUGCAAGCAAGUGGCGACGUUCUUCCGGUCUCGCGCCGAUGUUGAAGAAAAGUAUUCGCGCUCACUGACGGAGCUCUAUCGGUCGACCGGAGACUUAUAUGCUAGGGGCGAUUGUAAGGCAGGGACAUUCGUUCAAGCGUACAACUCUGGUCUCCGAUUACAGGACCAACUGGCUCAGAACAGACUACGGUUUGCUCAACGGCUCAACGAGAUGGCAGAAGAGCUUUUCAGUCUGGCACGAGAAGGUGAAAAGACUCGGAAAAUCCACAAGGAAACCGGUUCUCGCUAUCAGCUCAUCAUUCAAGAUGCCGAGAUCGCUGUUGAAAAGGCCAAAACCCGUUUGGACGGCAUUGUAGAGGAGCUCGAUCGAGUUCUGGCUGCGAAAGAGGGCGAAACCUACAAGGACACCCGAGGAGGAUACAACACUGUUGGUGGACCGGCAUACGGCAACAAUGGCUCGGCCCCAUCAGCAUCCGCACCGUCAGGCCAUGGCAAGAGUAAGCUUGGAAAAGCGAUGAAGACGGGCGGACUGCUGUUCAAGGGCAAGGGGUCCGGGUCGCUUCAGAAGCAAGAAGACGAUAGUAGAGCAAAGAUGGACCAUGCGAAUGAGACGUUUACCAAGGCCGUUGCUGAGAGUAAGCAGCUGAGGAAGGAAUAUUUCAGUUUUCAGCUGCCAAAGAUAUUGCGCCUUUUGAAAGAGUGUGCCGACGAAAUCGACUUGGGAACGCAGUACCAUCUCACGAGAUUUGCAUUCUUGUACGAGACAAUGACUGUUGGAGAUGGGGCCGUGUUGAACCCGUUGGGCAACCCAGAAGAGGGGCCUGGCUUGAAGGCGAUAUUCGAGAGCAUAGACAACAGAACGGACUUCAAGUCAUAUAUGCAAAACUACGCUGUAGUCAGAGGUACACCCCGCGGACCGCGGCGAGAAGGUCCUUACGAUGACGGAUUCCAGAUGCCGUUACCCCCCCAUGUCCAAAGGUCGCAGGAUUCUACAUUCUCCGCCUCACAAUCUUCAGCCCACACGUCCCCUCAGCCUCAGGCUUUGCCAUCACCCCAUUCGCAAGCGUCCGGGUACGGUUAUCAAACUUCUCCCCAACCGCCAUCUGCCUCGCAAAUGCAAUCCUCGGCGCCACCUCCCCAUCCAUCUGGCCCCUCUCAUAACUACAACCCUUCCAUUGGAUCAACCAUCACCACUCAAACCAACAAUACACUUCCUACCAAUUCGUCUACGACUCAAAACCAGGGAGGGGAAACCACGUCGCUCGCGAGCUACCAACAGGACUACAUGGCUCCGGGCAUACCCGCAUCUACAGGUCACACUUUCGGUGUCGACUUGGGUGAGCAAUUGGCUAGAGAUGGGACGGCGGUCCCGCGAAUAGUUGAAAAGUGUGCUGUGGCCAUAGAAAUGUACGGGCUGGAAAGUACAGGUGUAUACCGUUUAUCAGGAACUUCGAGUCGGGUUCAAGCUUUGAAAGCUGCCUUGGACAACGAUGUGAACGCUGUAGAUGUUGAAAGCGACGAGUGGUCAGCGGAUAUCAACGUUGUCUGUGGGGCCUUGAAGUUGUGGUUUAGAGAAUUACCGGAACCGCUUCUGACUCACGGCCUCUACCACUCCUUCAUUGAAGCUGCCCGUUAUGAAAAUGACCGACUCCGUCACAUACGGCUUCACGAACAAGUCAACGAACUCCCAGACCCCAAUUACGCCACUCUCAAAUUCUUCAUGGCUCACCUGGACAAGAUACGGAGACACGAAAGCGUGAACCAGAUGUCGGUCUCCAACCUCAGUAUUGUCUUUGGUCCAACGUUGCUGGGUGCGCCACCAGAAGAGGGCGGGCUGAAUUUGGAACACAUGAGUUUCCAGUGCAAGGCGAUUGAGACCAUUUUGAACAAAUAUCAGGAGAUAUUCGUAGAGGAAGAUGAUGAUGGAGGGCGAUAG